AAAACCAAGUGAGGAGAUGAUAGAAACCAGAGGGAGACAAUUCCCAACAUGAACGCCCAUUUCGGUUCCUGAAGAAUUACACCCAGAGAAUUCAGGGAAGAUAGUCACUGCAAACAAAUCCCAGCCACCAUUCAAGGAACAGUUGCACAACUUGGAAGACAUCUAGUCCCUUCACAGUUCAACACAGAAGGUUGGGCAGUGAAACCAUCAUCUGGAAAUUGUUCGGGUCAGGGGAAUUUUGACAGAUCAUCAGAUCUGAAACUGGUCAGUGGUGUGCAGCCUUUCAUCGAAACCAAACUUUAUGAAGGUUUGGCUGUGGGUGAUCGGUCUGUGUGAAGGUGGGAAGAAGUGUGAGUGGUCACCAAAUGUUAUGGGAGCUUCAAUCAUUCAUGAAGUACUGACCCAUUCCUACAGGCUCCGUUGAAGUGUGAGAAGGCACCACAGAAGGCUUAUGUGCAGAAGGUGCAUCUGUCCUAAAAGCUGUUAACACAAAAUAAGCUUCAUGGAAGAGAAACCAUUCAAAUGUACGGUCUGUGACCAAGCUUUCACAAAGUCAACAACACUCGUGAAUCACCAACGCAUUCACACUGGAGAACAUCCAUUUAAAUGUAAAGUAUGUGAGAAAUCAUUCUUAUGGCCAUCAACUCUCCGAGCUCACAAAUCAAUCCACACAGGUGAGAAACCAUUUACUUGUGAGGUGUGUGGCAGAUCAUUCUUGUACUCAUCAACACUUCAUAGACACCAACACAUUCAUACAGGGGAGAAACCUUUUAUCUGCAAGAUCUGCAACAAAUCAUUCUUACAGUCAUGGGCUCUCCUUGAACACGGGCGCACUCACACAGGGGAGAAACCCUUCACAUGCAAGGUGUGCAUCAAAUCAUUCUCUGUUUCAUCAGCCCUCCGUAUUCACCAACGCAUCCACACAGGAGAGAAACCAUUCAAAUGUGAUGUGUGUGACAGAUCAUUCUCUGAUUCCUCAACCCUUCGGAAACACCGACGCAUUCACACAGGAGAGAAACCAUUCAUGUGUGAUACAUGUGACAAAUCAUUCACAUAUUCAUCAACCCUCCAAACGCACCAACGUAUACAUACAGGAGAAAGACCAUUUAUGUGUGAAGUAUGUGGGAAAUCAUUCUCUGAUUCAUCCACCCGUCGCAAACAUCGCCACGUUCACACAGGAGAGAAACCAUUCACAUGUGAAGUGUGUUUCAAAGCAUUCUCUGAUGUAUCGGCUGUCCGCAAACACCGACUCAUUCACACAGGAGAGAAAUCAUUCACAUGCAAGGUCUGUGACAAAUCCUUCCUAAGGUCAUCGAUCCUUCUGCUCCAUCAGAGGAUUCACACUGGACAGAAACCAUUCACGUGCAAGAUGUGUGACAAAUCAUUCUUGUACUCAUCAACCUUUCAUAGACACCAACGAAUUCAUUCAGGGGAGAAACCCUUUACUUGCAAGACUUGCAACAAAUCAUUCUUGCAGUCAUGGGCUCUCCUCGAACACCAACGCAUUCAUACAUGUGAGAAACCAUUCACGUGUGAGGUGUGUAUGAAAUCAUUCUCUGAUUCAUCAAACCUCCGAACACACCAACGUAUUCACACAGGAGAGAAACCAUUCACAUGCAAGGUGUGUGACAAAUCAUUCUCUGAUUCUUCAACCCUUCGGAAACAUAGACGCAUUCAUACAGGCGAGAAGCCAUUCACCUGUGAGAUAUGUAACAAAUUGUUCACAUAUUCAUCAAGCCUCCGCAUACAUCAACGUAUUCACACUGGGGAGAAACCAUUCACGUGCAAGAAGUGUGACAAAUCAUUCUCUGAUUCAUCGGCCCUCUGCAAACACCAACGCAUUCACACGGGAGAGAAACCAUUCACGUGUAAAGUUUGCAACAAAUCCUUCUCAAGGUCUUCAACCCUGCUGUUGCAUCAAGGGAUUCAUGUGGGGCAGUAACUCUUCAGGUAUGAGGUGUGUGGGAAACCUUUAUCAAGAUCAUUGAAUGUCUACACUGACUAACAGAUUCAUAUGGAAGAAACCAUUCAAUCAUAGAAUGGGCCAAAUAUCAUUCUUUGCAUCAUGGAGCCUCUGUGCACACGAGACAACCCAUUCAUUUGUGAGAUGUGUCAGAGACUAUCUCCUUAUCAUCAGAACUCUGCAACUACCAACAUAGUCAUACCAGAAAGAACCUGGUCAAGCACUUCUCAAGUCAUUCUCAAGUUUGUCACCUCUCCACAGACAUCCACAUCAGGGACAAACCAUUCAUAUGUGUUGUGCAUCAAAAACAUUCUUGUUAUCAUGGUAUCUCCACACACUUCAAUGCAUACACAGGCAAGAAUAUGUUGAGGUGAGUGCAAAAUUGUACUGCCAGCCUUUUGAUUCUCCCAAUCUAUCAAAGGAUCUCCACAGCUAAGAAACAAUUUACGCCUGAUGUUUAUGAUGAAGUUUUUUUGGCACUUUAAAUUCUUGUUAUCACUAAAUAAUUCAUACAAGGGAAUAAAUCUUUGAAUUAAGAUGAGACUUUCACCCACUGACCAAACCUGCUAAACCAUCAGUGGAGGCACAUUGGAGGAAAUAAUGUUUUGUGUUGCACGUGAUGAAGUUUUUCAUGCAGUUUUUCUUAUGCUCCUUUAACAUAUUUGCACAGCAGAGAAACCCAGUUGGUAUCAGCCUUCACACAGUUGGUAGACCUGCCAGAACAGCAGAGAACUCACCCAGCCAGGUUCUUGCACGUUUGUUGUUGAGUGUAUUUACCUGUACACAGUCUCACAGUGCAGGGUGUUCAGUGGGACUGGGACACAGAACAAGAAGCAGCUCUCACUCCCAUCAAACACCUAGUGAUGACAUCACCAGUGUUGAGGGAUUAUGAUGUCAGCAAUGGAGCCACCCUGCAGUGUGAUGUCAGUGACACAGGACUUGGAGUAAUCCCCAUGCAGUGAGGGCAACCCGUUGGGUUUGUAUCCAGAGUGUUAACACAUACUGAGUAACAAUGUGCACAGAUUGAGAAAGAGAGUCUGAUGUUGUCUUUGCUUAUCAACGUUUCAACCAUAUGUGUUUCAGGCCACAAAGUCCUCAACAUUGACUCAUUGGAGUUUCAGGACUUCAACUCAAACAAAUUCAAGGAAAAUUACAACUGUCCUCCCAGUUGAUGAACGAAUACUUCACCAUGUUCAUUGUCACCAGGGAAGUUGACUAAGUAUAUAUCCCAAAACCAGGUGUCAAUAAGAUGCAGUGAGCCAUAAGCAGCAGUAUGAUUGUACUCCACCACACACUGUCAGCCCAGCAUAGCCCUUGUUCAAUGACCACCAACAUAUACUCCUGAAUCAGGGUCCUGGUCACUGUGCUAUCUGGGUAUAACGACAACUUGUAUUUCUAUAGUGGCUUUAGCAAUGUAAAAGCUCCUGGGUGCAUUGUGAGGCAAAAUGUGAUGCAAGCCACGAAAGGUAAUACAACCAAAUACUUGGAAGUAUAGUGAAGACAUGGAAAGAUUGGGAGAAGGUUAGUGGAGAAAAUUACAGAGGUUAUGAUAAAUGCAUAUCAAAAAUAAUUCUUUGGCUUUAAAGUGCUUGCGGGUGUCUGGUUAUCGAGACAGGCACGAUAGAAAAGGAAAGUCGGUGUUUUCCUUAUGAAAAGGUAACUGAGGCAGAGUGGUGGGAAGCCGUGGAGGGACUUGAAAGGUUAGGCAUAAUCCAGAACCCAACAUAUGCAGGAAGACGUGAUCAUUCUCAGUCCACAGGAUAAUAAUCAGGUCCCAACGCGCAUGCGAAUCUCAACACCUGGAAAUCAGUAAGAAUCCUCAGACACUGUGCACCUCCCACAUAAUUACACCUCACCUCUUCAUAUUUAGGAAUGAGCCAUCAACAAAACUGUGGAAAUCAGAAGGGAAAUACUUCCAAAAAUAAACACACUCAAUAUCCAACACACAGCUCCAGUUGAACAGUUCAGCACAAAGCAGCGAGCAAACCGCUCUCUCAGCUGGAUCUUCUCACACAGCAUAAGGGACAUUUCCACCCCUGAUUACCCACAGGACAGUCAGACUGCCUGAAGAUUGGUGUGGAUAUUAUGGGAUACAAUUUGUAUAAAAGCUGCUCCUUCACCCACCAUCUCCUCACUUAGUUUUCAGUCCCUAUAGGAAGUCAACCAGCUCUGGAAGAGGAAGAGGAGAGAAUGGGCAGAGUGGGUGGGCUCUGUGAUUGACGUCUCUCACAGCCAAUCCAAAUAUUUCUGCAGCAACAUUAGUUUUCUGAAGCUUGUGAAACUGACCCAUGAAAUGGAGGUGACUUUGAGCAGCAGAUCAGGUGGAGAUUUAAACUUUUCAUUGUCCCAUUUGAAUAAAACCUUACCUUGGUAAAACCUGCGAUAAUCCAUUCACAAGUUCAUCAAACCUCUGCACAACAAUAGAUCAACACGGGAGAAGAACUAUUCUGAUAUGGAAUGUGUGAUAAAUCAUUCUCACAGUCAUCAACCCUCUUCGUACACCAACACAUUCACAAAGGGGACAAGCUACUCACAUGUGAGGCGUGUAACAAAUCAUUCUCGUCAUCAUCAGAACUCCAUGUACAACAAUUCAUUCACACAGGGUGGGAACAGUUCAUAUGUAAGCAUGUGAUAAAUCAUUCUCAUUAUCAAACCUCAAAUCUCACGAAUGCAUUCACAGAGGAAAGAAGUUGUUUAAUUGUGAAGUGGGUGACAAAUCAUUUUCAAAUCCAUGAAUACUCCUGCACCACAUAAGACCAUAAGAUAUAGGAGUGGAAGUAAGGCCAUUCAGCCCAUCAAGUCCACUCCGCCAUUUAAAUCAUGGCUGAUGGGCAUUUCAACUCCACUUCCCUGCGCACUCACCGUAGCCCUUGAUUCCUUCUGAGAUCAAGAAUUUGUCGAUCUCUGCCUUGAAAGCAUCCAACGUCCCGGCCUCCACUGCACUCCGUGGCAAUGAAUUCCACAAGCCCACCACUCUCUGGCUGAAGAAAUGUCGUCUCAUUUCAGUUUUAAAUUUACCCCCUCUAAUUUUAAGGCCGUGCCCAUGGGUCCUAGUCUCCCCGCCUAACGGAAACAACUUCCUAGCGUCCACCCCUUCUAAACCAUAGGAUUCGCACUGAUGCAUUAUGGCAGAUCAGUCUCACAUCCUCUGUAUUCAUCAACACAUUCACAGAGGAGAAAUUUUGUUUUAAGCCUGACGCGUGUGACAAAUCAUUCCUCAUUUUAUCAUGAUUCCUGCUGCAUUAGAGGAUUCAGAUAGGAGAAAACAUUCAUGCAUGAUGCAUGCAUCAAGCCAAGUACUUUCUUUCUUGUUCAGGGAUUGCAAUGUAAUACAACUCUGUUAACUGUGCAAUGAACUUGUAUUUUGGUGGCACCUUAUACAGUUGCCAGAUGUCUCUCAUCUCUUGACUGACCAUGUACUUUAGAAGUGCAGUUAUUGUUGAGGUGAACGUGCACAUAAUCAGCUUCCAAAAUAUCACUGCAACAAUGACCAGACCAUCCAUUUGCCUAUGAUGAAAAAUUGCAAGGUUUGCAUCCUAUUUAGCUGGAAGUACUGAGUCAAUGAUCCAUCUCAACCUCUUACUGACAAUUCCAACUUCACAGAUGUCAAUCUUCAUUCAGUCCUGAAGUAAUGAGCAGUUUCAACCGAGGUAAAUAACGCCACUAGUGCUUGAUGCCACCUAAUCAGAUCUGAUAGAUAACCCAGUUGCGUUCUAAUCUUUACACCUUGAACUUGAGAAGCAGAGAGAUCUACCAGGAACGAAGUGAGUAAAGGUAAUUUCUGAACACGAGGUAGUAAAAGAUGAAUAUGAAGGAGUUGCUAUUGUAUAUUGAAUAUUACAAAGGCAUUGUCAUGAAUGGAGGGUCAAAGGACAGAGAACUGGGAAUUAGAAUCCACUGUCCAACUCACCUGUUUGUGGGGGGAGGGGGGGCCGUGGAAGAUUGUCUUACAGGAAUGGAAAUGAUUGGUACAUGGAUCCAGUGUAUUGGAUUUAUUUAUUUAUUGGUGGUUUUGAUGAAAACAAGCUCUGUCCUAUGUCACUAAGUUUUGAGAGCUAGACUAAAGCACAGGAUUUUAAAGAAACUUCUAUCUGUAGUAUCUGAGAGAUUUCUCCUGAUGUGAGUGCAUGUGUGUUAGUAAAGUGAGCCAGCUCCCAGGAGUGGAUAUGGUGUAGAAUCGAACCCUCUUUAGUUGGGAUGUGAAUUAUAGAUAUCCUCUUCAGGUGACAGGUGCUUGACUAAUACCAUGGGGAAUGUUUAUACUGUCCUGUCUGGUGAGGCAGUGGGGGUGAGUCUCUACAGAACUGAGUUCCCUCAGUUCAUUGUACCUCGGUGUAAUAAUGGUGUUAUGUGUUCAUGUGACACUUUUUCAAGAUUCAUUUUGUGAUGUAGGAAAAAUCUUAAAUCAUUUUCAGAUGAUUUGUUAAUUUGGUCGAUUGAAAGUUUGAUGUAAG